GACAUUAAAAGUCUCCUGCUGGAUAUGCGGCGUGUGUGGAAGGCUGACCUCUUAGACACACGCACGGAAAUAGGGACCCUCAAACAAAGGGUCACAGAGAUCGAGACAAAAGAAGUAGCCAGGGACCAGAAAGUGCAAGACACCCACAACAAUCUGCAAGCAUUAACAGAGCAAGUACAGAAACUUACCAAGUCGAUGUUAGCGAUGGAGUCCAAGCACAAAAGGAGGAAUAUCCGCCUCUGCGGCAUCCCGGAGCAUAUCGAAGGGGACGCAGCACUGCCCUUCCUCCGACGCUUCAUGGCCUCGCUGGGCAUAGGAGGCAACACAGGUUCAGAGACACUAACAUCAGCAUUCCGAGUCCGCAAAGCCGCAGCUGCCCCAGCAGACGCACCAAGAGACAAAAUUGCCGUGACCAAAGACAUUGCAAUUCGGUCUGUGAUUAUGGCCAAAUCGAGAGAGCUGGGAACCAUACACUUCGAAGGUUGCGACAUAGCCAUAUACGGGGACCCCCCUUUUGCCGUCCUCACAGUCAAGAGACAGCUAACACCGGUGGCCCGACAGCUGAGAGAGGCGCUGAUCAAAUAUCGUUGGGGGGUGGAUGGCUCCCUACUUGUAGCACAAGGAAACGACAUACUCACCCUCUCAUCUCCUGAGAACAAAGAGACUUUCCUCCAAAGACUGAAAUUAAACACAACAAUCCCAGUAAAAGUCCAGAAGCCAGGAACAGGCACACAGGAACCCACCAGAGUUCACCCAUUAAACCCACAGGCCCAACUCCUAGUUAAACCACGCCACCUGUAG